GGGACGCAGUUGUAAUUUACACUAAUUAUUAUAUAUAUAGCUUCCUUUACCACUUACCAGCACUUGGUGAACCAAGAAACCAGGUAGAGAACAGAAAUGGAGGAUUGGAUCGUUAGAGUUAAUGAAGAGCUUGGCAAAUUGCUGGCAGUCCCGGAAGAAGUGGAGAAGUGGAGAAAACAAUCUAUCUACAUGCUACCGGCUCAUGUGACUGACCUAGACAAGAAGGCAUACAAGCCUCAAGUAGUAUCCCUUGGUCCUUACCACCACAAUUUGCAGCACUUGGAACCGAUGGAGGAGCACAAGCAUCGAGCGUUCCUUCACUUCAUGAUGAGGUCAGGUGUUGCGCUCGAACGCUAUGCAAACGCUCUGGGCGAAGUGGUGCAAGAUUUGAAAGACCAGUAUGAUCAACUCGAACCCAUGUGGUUAGAGGACACCAGCAGCUUCUUGAAGUUGAUGAUUGUUGAUGGCUGUUUCAUUCUUGAAAUAUUGCGGAGACCUACUACGUUCGUGGAUUAUGCUCCCAAUGAUCCUAUAUUCAGUAACCACGGAAUGCUCUACAUUCUCCCCUUUCUUAGAUGGGACAUGCUGUUGCUUGAGAAUCAGGUGCCCCUCCUGGUCCUCACCAAGCUCGUUGAGGUUGAGAAAGGAGCUCCUCAGCCAGAUGACUAUUUGAAUAAGCUUGUUCUCAAGUUCUUUCACUCUGGUGGACAUGCUUGGCAAGUUGGCAGAUGCCUGCACAUAUUAGAUAUAUACCGGAAGAGCCUUCUUACGGCACCCAGGAUCAGGCAACGUCGCCUGAGGCAACGAGGAUACUGGCAUGAUACAGCUGAAAUAACAAGAUUUCCUUCAGCCUCGGAGCUUCUCGACACAGGCAUUAGGCUUAACAGGAGUAAAACACGUAGCCUCAGGGACAUCUCUUUCCAUCAAAACACCCUUAGGCUUCCGGAGAUUAUUGUGGACACUACAACCAAAUCAAUACUUCUCAAUCUAAUAGCCUUUGAACGAUUUCAUGUAGGUGCUGGCAAUGAGGUUAGCUCGUACAUGUUUUUCUUGACCAGCCUCAUCAAAGGUUCCCAAGACGUUAGCCUGCUACGUUCAUGUGGCAUCAUCAUCAAUAACCUCAGUAAUGAUGAAGAUGUUGCUGAAAUGUUCAACUUGCUCGGAAGGGACGUUAUUAUUGAUCCUGAAAGCAGUUUAGACACUGUGUACAGGGUGGUUAGUCAAAGGCUGAGAAACCGCUUUAGAAAGAGACUGCACCAGUGGCGAGCUGAACUAGUCCGUACUUAUUUCAGAAGUCCCUGGGUUGCUAUUUCUGUCGUUGCUGCAAUCCUCCUUUUCACCCUUACAAUAAUUCAGACAAUAUAUUCUGUUUUGAGUUACAUUCAUAAAAAUUAACUGUUAUCAUCAUCUUAUAGAAACACUUGCCAACAGAAUAACUGAUCCAUGUAAUCAUGAAAUGUGUGCUAGUUACAUGCAUCCACCUGCAGCUGCAUGUUAGAUAGGUUUCCAUGGAAUUUUGUCAGUGCUGUAGAGUAUCGUUCAGUGCUAUUUCUGAAU